AUGAUCAUGGAGAAGUUUGAACUUCCAAUAACAUCUAGCCCUGUCCCAAGCAGUUCGUUUAGUGAACUUACUGCAGUGUCAGCUGGGACAGCUGAAGAUCUUGAUCGUCAAUCAAAGGAACGUCUUGGGAGAUAUGUGGCCGCCAGCGAACGCGACAAUGUUGUUCAGCUUAUGGAUGCGUUCAUGAAAUAUCUUCCCAAAGACGGGUCUGUGAGGCUUAUGCAAGAUGUGAUCUCCUUAGAUGAGGAUGAGAAGCUUCGCCAGCUGAAGGAACAUCUCGUGGACGCGAUUCUGAAGCCUAUUCAAGCCGUUGGUGGAAGAACUCCUGCCCCUACCCCAUCUCCCUGCCACGACUCUCAAGUCCAAAUUGACUCCCUGAUGAUAACAUCAAUGAAUGCCUCGUCCUGCAAUCAACAGGCUAAGCUAAAAAAUGACUGCCUCAAGCGAGACGGAUACCGGUGCCAGGUUACUGGUCUUUGGGAUCGUCAUUCUGUAGAGACUGGAAAAAUCGUCCCUGAGGACGGACGUACUCUAGCAGCGACGGAGGUCGCCCAUAUUCUUCCCUUUUCUCUUGGUAGCUUUGAUGAGGACAAGGAAUUUGAGGUUGAAAACAAGGCUACCAUCUGGCAAGCUUUGUAUAGAUAUUUCCCAGGUCUGGAGAAAGUUAUAACCCCAGAUACUAUCAACACACCUGCAAAUUCUAUUACUCUUUUUCAUCUUCUCCACCCCCAAUUCGGCUCUCUAAAUAUUACCUUCAAGGAAACAGAUCAACCAUAUGUUUACAAUAUCGUGCAUAAGCAGGCCAAUUACACUGAGUUCUCCUACCUGCCCAGAAAUGGCCAGGUAACCUUCCGCUGCCACGACAACUCGAUUGUUAUGCCUAGCCCCUUCCUUCUCUCAGUUCAUGCAAGAAUUGGAAAAAUUCUCCAAGUUAGUGGGCUGAAGGAGCGAUUUGAGAAAAUAAUGCGUAGUUUAUACCAUCCUUCUGAAGUCGAUCCCGAUGGAUCCACCGAUUUAGAAACAGCUAUGUCCGAUAAGUUGUUUAUACUAACGGAUGUUUAA